AUGAGCUCUGGUUUAGGUGAUGAAGUAGAUAAAAAAUUAAUUGUUGUCUUGAGAGACGGCAGAAAAUUUAUUGGAAUAAUGAGAACUUUUGAUCAAUUUGCAAAUAUAGUAUUACAAGAUACAAUUGAAAGAAUUUAUGUUGGUGAUUGCUAUAGUGACAAAAAUCUCGGUCUUUUCUUUAUUAGAGGUGAUAAUGUUGUCAUUUUAGGUGAAAUUGAUCCAGAUAAAGAAGUACAAGAAAAGAAAUUAAAAAAAAUAUCAUGGGAUGAAAUUACAAAAGCAGCAGCAUUAGAAAAGAUAAAAAAAGAAGAAGAAGAACAGUUAAAGAGAAGAAUUAUGACAGAAAGUGGUCUCACUAUAGAUUCAAUUUUGAAUAUUGAUGACUUUUAA